CGUUGGGCUAGGUCAGGUCUACCCGAGUUCCACACACUGCUCUGCGUGUGCCAUCCAAAGCGACCCGAAGGCGGAGACCAACCCUCGGCAAAAGGGUUGAAAUUACGCGAGCCUCGUUCGUUAACACGGGACAGUGUGCCGGUUUCCGAGGAUAAAUUUCCCAUUUCUCUUUUCACAUUUGCAAUCAACGAAUCGAUCGCGCCGCGACACUGCCGUGGUUUGUUUGUCGGACGAUCGGCAUCGGGAACGCGGCGUGCUCGCGUUCGCCGCUUAACCGCGAGAGAUCAUUCGCUGUCAUUGACAGCGAGGGUGAAAGAGUUCCCGCUCGUCGUCGGUGUGCCACCAUUCUGGCGGCGAUCGCAAUACCGGAGGAAUUUCGGUCGUUCGUAGUUUUCUCGAGUCGUACGUGUCGUCGCUCUGAGAAAGUAACGAGGGGUGAGCGAGGGGGUACGAGACUGAAAGAGUUUUGAAGUGCGUCAAAGUGGGUGGUGCGUGCCUCUGGGAGAAGUGAAAAAGAAAACGGUGCUUCCCGGUUCAGUUUUGCGUCGAUCCUCGCGCGUUUCAACGCGAGAAGAAGGAGAACGCGAAAGGGAAUACGUAACACGAACGGCGUCGCUUCGAAAUCGAAACGAUAUACGUAUAGUUGUUGAUAAACAAGCAGAAGAGAGAGUGUCGGUGGUUGAUUAGUCGAGGGUGCAACGGCAGCGCCGAUCCCAAUUUCCUUUUCUCGAUGUCCUGAUAAUCGAUAGGCGUCGUAUAGGUGGUAGAUAGGACCACCUAGGCCGGCAGCGAUCGGCCUUAUCGACGUCGAAAAUUUUGCCUUGCCGAGGGACAUUUUCAAAUAAAUGUUGAGAAGGGCAAGCGUGUUUUAUUCCUCAACGCGAGGCCAGCCGAGGCUCCCGAGUGUCCCAAGAGUCGUCGGGAUGCCGAUCUCUCUACGGAACCACAGGAUCACAUAAACCUAGCCAACGGACCCCCCCGGCAAACUCUUUUUCAGCGAAAUCGUGCCUACGUAAGGCCGCGAUCAACCUUGUCAGUACAACGCAGGGCGUAAGGGACUCGUCGACGGUGCACGACUCUCGUCGAGACUCGCAAAUCUCGCGAAACCGAUGCACCAAAAGGCUAAAGGAUGGAGGCCAGCGAGUGGGAUCACGCGACCCUGAGAGAAGAGGAAUUCGAGCAACAUGCCGUAUAUUUGGUACCGGAUGUGGCGGCAUCGCCGAGCGAUACCAAUCGUGCGGAGGCGUCCCUGCCAAGAAAUUUGGUCCUCAAACCUUCUCAGGCCCUCAACGAUGUACGUUGCUCCGCCAAAGAAUCCUUUCUCGAGACCUCCUCGGUUUUGGGAGUAUGGAGCACAAGUUACAUUCCCAAGGGGACAAGGUUCGGUCCCCUCGUGGGCCAAGUAUACACGAAGGACUCGGUGCCGGCCGACGCGAACCGGAAGUACUUCUGGAGGGUGUACAAGAACAACGAGCUGUUCUAUUACAUCGACGGUUAUGACGUCCAGAAAUCGAAUUGGAUGCGUUACGUAAACCCGGCUUAUUCGUCCGAAUCGCAAAACCUAAUAGCAUGCCAAUAUAAGAUGAACAUUUAUUUUUACACAAUCAAGUCGAUAUUACCGAACCAGGAGCUUCUAGUGUGGUAUUGCAGAGAAUUCGCAGAAAGGCUCAAUUACCCGCUGACGGGCGAAUUAAUGCUUCAAAGAAUAAGACAGCAAGUACAACAGUCUGCGCUACCAACCGAGAUCCCACCCGCCGUGGACGUGUCACCGUUGAAGGACUCGUCGAUCUACGAGAGACGUUCGCAAAUGACUCCAACGGACGGUUCCGUUAGGUCGGACGAGGGAUACCAUUCGAAUUAUCACGAUGAAAUCCUCACGCCCCCGGAAGAGAGCAGCGAAUCGGACUCCGAGAACAACUACGUGCUGGACUUCAGCAAGAACGCGAAGACAUCGGUGUGCAACAACGAAGUGCUCAAACAGGACAACGCGGUCGCGAAGAACGAGUACAGGAAGGUCAAGAUCAAGAUCACCAAGACCUACGGUAACUUUCAGGCGACGAAGAGCCUGGAUGGUAAUGGGAAAGACAAGGAACAGGAGUUGCCAAGCCGAGCGGUGACCCCGGAGCUACAGAAACCGAUGUCGCCCAUAGUUCUUCAGAAGAACGCGGUCCUAUCGACGGUGAACGAAGAAGACGAGAUCCCAGAGAAGACCCCGAAGCCCUUCUACGAGUCUGAGGUCAAGGGUAAUCUACCCGUUUCCGGGAGACCGGCCUAUCUGACCAGCCCGAGUAGUUCCAUCCUCGAGAACAUCCUCCUACGUAACAGCACCGAUAACAAUAACAACAGCCACAACCAUCAUCACAACGGGACCCAACCGCACCACCAGCAUCAUCAGAUUCAUCAUCAGACGCACGUGGAUUCAGUCACGCCACCGCCGUCGAGUCCGACGGAAAUGGCGUAUUCCUACAAGAAGUCUCAUCGUUAUGGAAAUAUCCUACCCUGCAGUCCCGACUCCAGUUCGAAUCUACCCAUGCAACCGGACACCUGCGUGAAUUCCACCAGUGGCAAUAACGCCUUGCCGAUGCAGAGUCCGACGAGUAAUCUGCAUUCGAGCACGGGGAACCUUCACUCGAGUACGGGCAAUCUGCACUCGAGCACAGGUCCAAACACCGUUCUGCAAUCCCACCCGGGGAGCAUUCACUCGUCCAGCAACCCGAGCAAUCACCACUCCAGCACGAACGUUCUAUCGUCCACGACGAUAUUAACGUCCACGACCAAUCUUCACUCCUCGACGACGUCCAGUAACUGCCCACCCAAGAGAAAGACCAAGAGCCCGUCACCGAACCCUACGAACGCGUCCACGCCGACGAUCCUGUACUCGAACUCCGGCGGAUGUCAGAUCGAGUCGAGCCCCGUUUACCCGAACUCGGCGGUGAGCAGCAACCAGAGCGUCUCGCCCAUUUCGCCUAUCCAAUCACCCUCCUCGUACCCUUACGGGAUUUAUCAUCAAAACAGCUCGUUGCAUCACAACGUAGCGCCGUUAUCGAUAAAUUGCACCGCGUACUCGCCGACGCCUAGCGGCAACGUGGUUUAUGAGAGGGCGGACGGUAGAAGGCUAGAGGCUGCCACGAGCAGCCACCAAUUGCCGACCUCGUCGACGAUGCAAAUCGAGAGCAAUCAGACGUUGAUAGCCGGCACGCACAAUCUCCACCUAGGCCAUCACCCGGGCCUCACGAUUCACGCGAACUCGACGUCGUUGAACCGAUAUUCGCCCGCCAGCUCGUUGUCGCCGGACGAUCACGGCUGCUCGCAAAGCGGCUCGCUGAGCCCGAACUCGCAAGGCUCCAGGGGCUACAGGUCGUUACCGUACCCGUUGAAGAAGAAGGACGGGAAAAUGCACUACGAGUGCAACGUUUGUUGCAAGACGUUCGGCCAGCUGUCGAACCUCAAGGUACACCUGAGGACUCAUUCCGGCGAGAGGCCGUUCAAGUGUAACGUUUGCACCAAGAGUUUCACGCAGCUGGCCCACCUACAGAAGCAUCAUCUCGUGCACACCGGGGAAAAACCGCACCAAUGCGAGAUCUGCAAGAAGAGGUUCAGUUCGACGUCGAACCUGAAGACCCAUCUGAGAUUGCAUUCCGGCCAAAAGCCCUACGCCUGUGACCUGUGCCCCGCGAAGUUCACGCAGUUCGUUCACCUCAAACUGCACAAGAGGUUACACACGAACGAGAGGCCCUACACCUGUCAGGGCUGCGACAAGAAGUACAUUAGCGCGAGUGGCCUUAGGACCCACUGGAAGACGACCAGUUGUAGGCCGAAUAAUAUCGAGGACGAGCUCGCCCUUGCCGCGGCUGUGGGGUCGCCGACGUACUACGAAUAUGGCCCUGAUAUGAAUGUCGGGAACAUGCCGAAGGAAUGCGAACUAGAGCACAUAGACAAUUACGAAAGGCACGGUUCCGCUCACGGGCCUCACUCCACAUCUCUUCACAAUCUGGAGAAUUCCAGACCAAGCGUUAUAGAGACCUCCCAGCCUCACAUAAUCGAGUGCACCUAAGAACGGGGGUAUGAGCCCUUUCGCUCAAACGCAAAAUCCAGCCGUGAAAUAGUAAACGAGUUGCUCACGACAAACGAAAACGAUGUUACCUCCGUGAGAUGGUAGUGAGGAUCAUACAUAAUACAUACGCAUAUAUUCGUGCGUCCCUCCGAUGGGUCGCGUAAGAAACAAAGGAAUUUUCAAAUCGUACUUUUUCAUUCAUUUCAUUCGUCGUAAGCAGCGUGUAAGAAAUAUGUAUAAAGAGAGAGCGAGAGAGAAAAUGUGAGUGAGAUUACGUGCAACAAGUAAUUCGAGAUUGUUGAAUAAUUGUUACUUGGUUACUGUUAUAUGACGCGAAGGAAUUCGAAGCUUAUUAGUAGAUACACUUCUUGAAAAACUGGUCAACUUCACGCGAAACGAAGUUCGAUUUCUCUGACGACGGUGGGUGGAUCGACAAGAUUCCAGCUACGAGCAUACAAAGUUCCUUCCUUGUAAAUACUCGUUUCUAUAUUUUUUCUAUGGUAGCACCACCAACGAAGACGAGUCUAGAAACAACAGGGACGAAAUUGAACGAUAGGAUUAUUUAAAAUACACGCAUUGUCUCGAGUCGUCACAAACACGCUGCCAUUUCACGGACAGACAAAAGAACCAGAGGAAACUACACCAAAGUCGUCCGAGCUUCUCGAUUAUCCUUCCACGGUGUCUACCUUAGAAUCGAUGCUUAGAAAAGGUACCGUACUACCGCUGCAACAUGUUAAUUUUUCUGUGUACAAGACGCUAAAGUACUUCCACCCCGAUACUUCCAUCACUCGACUAUAAAAAAAAAAAACGAUCAAUUUGAUAGUUUAUUUUUCAAUCGUCGCGAAUCCAAUUAUCUUCUGGAUUCAAGCCUACGAUAAAUGUUAGAUUCCUUGAAACGUACGUACUUCCUUCCUGUUACCGGUAUGACGGUACCAUUUCCUAUGCAUUCAAGGUAGACAAUUAAAAGAUUUUGGCGGAUUUUGUCGGCACCCGCCAACGGCACACGAUUCGAUAUAGGAGAGAAAGGAGCCCGCGAGGAACGAAAAGCGAGAUUGAACAACCAGUGACGACACGACUGCAACUAUACGAGACCUGUACCUGUAUAUACUAACAUUACUAUUAAUUAUUCGAUAAUUUAAAAAAGGUAAUAUAA